AUGGACAAUGUUAAUGCGAACAAAGCUAAUACUGACGAAGCUAAUACAGACAAAGCUGAUGUGGCCAAAGCUAUUGCAGCCGAAGCUGAUACAGACAUAAUUGAAGAUGAAGCUACUGUAAACAAUAUUGAGAUGAACAACAAAGCUGAUGUAGACGAAGUUG